AACAGAGAGAAAAAAAGAAGUAGAGAGAGAUGGAAAUGGUGAGGAGAAUGAAGCUGGGUUCACAAGGCCUUGAGGUGUCUGCGCAGGGGUUGGGGUGCAUGAGCAUGACCACCGGCUUCUACGGCACCGGCAAGCCGGAAGCCGAAAUGAUCGACCUCAUCCACCGCGCGAUCGAGAGCGGCAUCACCUUCCUCGACACCUCCGAUUGCUACGGUCCACACACCAAUGAAGUUCUCCUCUGCAAGGCACUAAAAGGAGGGAUGAGAGAGAAAGUUCAACUGGCUACAAAGUUUGGUGUCAACAUUAGCAAUGGCAGCACAGAAAUACGCGGCGAUCCGGCCUAUGUGCGGGCUUGCUGCGAGGCCAGCUUGAGGCGCCUCGGUGCGGAUUUCAUCGAUCUUUAUUACCAGCACCGCAUUGACACGCGCGUCCCCAUUGAAAUCACGAUGGGAGAAUUGAAGAAACUGGUUGAAGAGGGUAAAAUCAAGUAUGUAGGACUGUCUGAGGCCUCUGCUUCAACAAUCAGGAGAGCACAUGCUGUUCAUCCCAUAACUGCAGUUCAGCUGGAGUGGUCGUUGUGGACAAGAGAUGUGGAAGAAGAAAUAAUUCCUACCUGCCAAGAACUAGGAAUCGGGAUUGUCGCAUAUAGUCCUCUCGGCAGGGGAUUCUUAUCUUCGGGUGCCAAGAUGGUCGAAACCCUGUCUACCGCUGAUGUGCGAAAGAACAUGCCAAGGUUCAAACCAGAGAAUAUGGAGCAAAACAAGAAGAUAUUUGAGCAAGUCAGUGAAAUGGCAGCUAAAAAGGGGUGCACUCCUUCACAACUAGCAUUGGCAUGGGUUCACCACAAGGGGACCAAUGUGUGUCCAAUACCCGGUACCACUAAGAUUGAAAACCUUAAACAGAACAUUGGAGCUUUGGCUGUGGAAUUAACAGAGGAAGAAAUGGCAGAACUGGAAUCCAUAGCUUCAGCUGAUGCAGUGAAGGGUGGUAGAAAUGCUUACACGUCAUUGACAUGGUCUAAUAGAGACACUCCACCAUUGUCCUCCUGGAAACCAGAGUAGAAUUACAAUUUUGUCUGCGUCAGAGUCUUAAAUAAAGGCCGUUACAUAUCGUAUCGGCCAUUAUGUAACGGAAUUUUGGGCCUCCAAGACUGUUAUUACGUAUAAGCUGAUAUAUGACCGUAUCACCAAUACCGUUAUCCGAGAUCAGCACCUUACAAGGCCUUUUGUUGUCGGCACUAGUUGGCUUUGUACCCUGGUGGAUACCGCGCGAUAUAUGGUCUGUGUGCUUAAUUGGAUUGCAAUCUUGAGGGACUUUCCCUGUCUUAGCUGUGUUUUUUUUGUAUUUGUUAAAGAAAUAAGGCUGACUGUUUCUUUCCACACUAUAUAUUGAAAUAGUAACAUAUUACGUCUAUUGCAAAAGUUUGAUAAACUUAGUUUUCUAUUUUUUGUCCACUGAAAUGAAGAAGUAGAGAGAGCAAAAAAGACGUUGAAAAUGCUAUCAAUCUCCCUCCCACUCUCAUACCGCACCCCAAUCUGGUGUUAAGGAGUGUCGGGGCACCACACGAUGGGGAGAAACAAGGGACGAGAGGCCUAUCAACUGGAACACCUACCUACCUCUUAGAUGUGAGUUUAUUUCCGUGCACCUUUUUUCCCAAUCUGUUUCCAUGUAUUCU